GCUGCAAGAACCUGAACCAAGGUCACCACAUGGGAUAAUACGAACCAAGAAGCCUCCACGUCAUAAGACAUCAUCCCACAUUGUGUUGAAAGAAGAAACCAGAAUGUUGGGGGCUGCCCAAGUAAUGAUUGGUCUGAUCCACUGUGUUCUGGGAUAUUUCUGGAUAUACUUAUAUGUCAGAGAAUUUGAUUCAGUUUCAAUAAAUUACCUGCCUUUAACGUUGAUGUCAGGAUACCCAUUUGGGGCAUUCUUGAUUUUUAUCAUAUCAGGAAUUUUUGCAGUAGAAGCAGAGAAGACACGUUCCCCAAAAUUGUUGAGGUGCACCAUAAGGGCAAAUACCUACAGUUCUACCCUUGCAAUGAUUGGCCUAUUUCUAAUUGGAUUUGAAAUUACAUUCUUUUUAGUGAAAAGAGAAAAAAUUGUAUGGAUCCAGGUUCAUGAUACAAGAGAAUGCUUUUAUUACAUGUUGAAGAACAGAACCAUCAUGGCCUCAGCCCAGAACGAAAAAUUUAAUGGUAAAUGAAGGAAGAGCAUCAUCAUUUUGUUCAGGCAACUUUCUAGAAACACAUUUUUGUAAAGUUUGUCCCAAUGUUUCUUUUUCCCAGUUCUGUAAAUAAAGAUUAAAAUGAA